AUGUCGACCAUCGACUACUCCAAGUGGGAGAAACUCCAGGAAGGCAGUGACGAAGAGAUGUUCCAGCAACCCCUACCUCCGAGCUCACCACGACAGCCCAUCAAAGUCGGACCGUUCGCGGUGGCCAACCCUCGCCUUCCAGACGAUCCCACAGCACGCCGCGAAGUUCUUCGUGAACAAAAAGAGCUUCGCGAUUUCGUGCGGUUGCAUCCAUGUCCCGCAGAAGCAGACCUCCGCGCAUGGCUUCGCAGGAUGCAUGAGCAGUCCGAGAAGCCGCAAGUGAAACACGGCACAUUUGCCUGGGUCAUGCGAAACAUGGAAUGGAACUCGGAACACCUUGCGUGGUUCCACUACCCCUCCUUUCGCGUUCUGUGGGAGUCCGCCGCUUUGGCACCGAGCACUGCCUUCGCCGGCCAACGCAGCGCUGGCAUCACGUUGUAUGAGCGUGGGGGCAAGCCCUGCAUGCAGUUCAACUUCUACGCCCUGCAUCACGCCAUGGCCGGUGAGGACUUUCACGCCAAUGCACCCUUCCCAGUCUACACCUUCGCAGGCGACAUCGAAAAGGUCUGGGACGGCAUCGGAUCGUGGUGGGCAUAG